GUAGUUAUUAGCUAACGAGCUAGCAGCGAAGCAGUCAACAUUUGACAGAAAAGGCGAUUAAAAGAAGAAAAAUGACUUUGUCGCCAGCAGUCACUCAAUUAUGUGACAAUUCUAAGGAUGUCUUCCUGGAUGUGUGCAAGUUGUCACUUACAUACGCCGACAAUAUCUUAAGGAAGGAGGGAGCAUACGUGCUUCCACACACCUGGCACGCUGUCCUUCAUUGUGCGGAGAACAGAUGCUGUAUGGCCAGGUCGGGGAACUUCAUUUAGCAGAAAAGCAGCCAAACACCAGUUGUUGCCAGUCCAGGAGGUCCUAACGCCGUUCGAAGCAGCAACUUUGUCCUGGUUGGAUCUCACAAGCUCACACUUUCGUCCUUUGGGAAGAGCAAGUUUCCCUUAGAGAAGGUGCCGUUCUUGUGUCCUCUGGAAGGACACGUCUACCUGAAGAUGCAAUGUGAGGUUGGAUGCAACGUGGAGGAAAAAGGCUUCCUGACAAUGUUUGAGGACUUUAGCGGUUUUGGAGCCUGGCACAGAAGAUGGUGCGUCUUGUCAGGGUACUGCAUCUCCUACUGGACGUACCCCGAUGAUGAAAGGCGCAAGAAACUGGCUGAGUGCAGACACCAAUGCUGAGAGGAAUUCAUGGACGCACAUCAAUCAGGUUCUAGCAGAUCUGCGCAUGUGGCGACCAGAUGCUUGUUAUGCUUGCGUGUGACAUUACUGUAUAUAAUACCAAGGUGGACAUGUGUGGAAUCUGGGCGGUGUUUGGCAGCGAGAGCUGCAUGUCUCUGCACUGCAGCAACGCCAUGAAGAUCGCUCACCGAGGACCUGACGGCUUCCGCUUUGAGAGCGUGGAGGGGAUGACCAACUGCUGCUUCGGCUUCCACCGCCUGGUCAUCCAGGAGAAGCUGCACGGCAUGCAGCCUCUACAUGGCAUGCAGCCCCUACGUGUCGACAAGUUCCCCUUCCUGUGGCUCUGCUACAACGGAGAGAUUUACAACCAUCGCUUGCUGAGCAAACAUUUUGACUUUGAGUGCCAGACUGAAAUAGACGGAGAGAUCCUGCUUCAUCUUUACGAUCGCUUCGGUAUCGAGAAGGCGGCGACUCUGCUGGAUGGAACCUUUGCCUUCGUGCUCCUGGACACGGCCAACAGGAAGGUGUUCCUGGGCAGAGACACCUACGGAGUGCGGCCCCUCUUCCGACUGCUCACCCACCAUGGGCUGCUGGCCGUCAGCUCCGAAGCUAAAGGUCUGGCAGACAUGACUCCUGCUGCUAAGAUCAUUCCUUUCCUGCCGGGACACGUGGAGGUGUUUGACUUGAAGGCCAGCGGCAAAGUGGAGUCUCUUCAGAUGAAGGCAUUUCACGAGUGCACCAAGGAGCCCUACCAUGUUCUCUGUGACGCUGUGGGUCGUCUGCCAACAAGUCUGGAUGAAGAAAGUGUCAAGGACAACAUCAGAACCUUGUUUGAAAAUGCGGUGAGGAAACGUCUGAUGGCCAAAAGGAGGAUCGGCUGUCUUCUCUCAGGAGGUCUGGAUUCCAGUCUGGUUGCCGCAACUCUGGUGAAGCUGGCCAAAGAAGAAGGUCUGCAAUAUCCCGUCCAAACAUUUGCCAUCGGAUCAGAAGACAGCCCAGACAUCUUAGCUGCCCGGAAGGUGGCCGCUCACAUCGGCAGUGAGCACCAUGAAGUCAACUUCAGUGCAGAAGGCAUCAGAGCAGUGGAGGAAGUCAUCGUCAGCCUCGAGACCUACGACAUCACCACCAUACGCGCCUCCGUCGGCAUGUAUUUGAUUAGCAAGUACAUCAGAGAGCAGACGGACAGUGUUGUCAUCUUCUCAGGAGAAGGUUCAGAUGAACUCACUCAAGGUUACAUGUACUUUCACAAGGCUCCAAGUGCGGAGGCAGGAUCAGAAGAAAGUGUUAGACUGCUGAAAGAACUUUACUUGUUUGAUAACCUGAGAGCUGAUCGCACCACUGCUGCACACGGGUUGGAGCUCAGAGUGCCUUUCCUGGACCACAGACUGAGUGCUUACUUCCUGUCACUGCCACCUGAGAUGAGGACUCCAAGGCACGGAGUGGAGAAGUUCCUUCUGAGGGACGCCUUCAAAGGUCAAAAUCUGAUCCCUGAUGAGAUUCUGUGGCGACGUAAAGAAGCCUUCAGUGAUGGAGUCAUGUCGGAGAAGAAGUCCUGGUACAUCUUCCUGGAGGAGCACCUCGACUCUGUGGUGAGCGACGUGCAGCUGGCCAAGGCAAAGGAGAUUUGCACCCACAACCGUCCUCACACCAAAGAAGCGUGCUUCUACCGACACGUGUUUGACACUCGCUUUCCUGGACGUGCUGAUUGGCUGCCUCACUUCUGGAUGCCUCGCUGGAUUGAAGCUAACGACCCCUCAGCUCGCACACUCGCCAUCUACAAGCUCAACUGUAACCACUGAGCAAGUACUACUUACUAGUACUACUUACUAGUACUACUUACUAGUACUACUAAUGCUAGAACAUCAAUACAUGAUAGAACGUCAAUAUGAUUGAUCAGUGAUUCUCAAACUGUGGUAUGCUGGUUCCAAAUAAUCACUUUAUGAAAGUACAGUGUUUUAUUUUUCUAGGUUCCAGUGGUUCUCAAACUUUUUUUCAGGGUUAAAUAGAUAUAUAUAUCUAGAGCUAG